AUGAGCCAAUCAAACGAUGAGAGCGGUUCAAGCGGCUCACCAGAAGUAAAGAAGGAGGAGCCCGACAGCUUUGGCGGAGUCAAAUGCUUCUCUUGUCAUAGAACGACGGACUACGGUAUCGUGUCGAGUUCAUUUGAACAGCCACGCUGUCAGGAAUGCUUUGACGCGCUGAGAAACCAGGCCGGAGCGUUGCCCGCUACGUUGACGUCUGUGAUGGACCUGCGCACGUCCGUGAUGAGUCCAUCGACGUCGCAAUCACCCCCGGAGAAGAAGCUACGCGUCGGCUGA